GGAUUUCGACAUUCAUGACGCAGUUUGAGCACGUGAGAGCGCGCGCGCGUUGCUGUGAUGUGCGCUUGGACUCAACCUCAACUCAAGGCUGUAUAAAACUCUUCAACUUUGACUUCAACUUAUUCUCAUCAAGGCCAUCUAUAGAAUUCUCAUUCUGAGCGGACUCACACAGAAAACGAGGGAUCUUGAUUUGGAGAUUGAGAUGGAUCAGCAUGAUCCAUCAGUGUCUGAACUACUGCCGCUCAUGCGGGCUGCGUCAACGUCACCAAAAGGACCAAAGUGGUCUUGGAAGGGCUCCGCUGACAGCGACGGGGAAUGGGGUCCGUCACAUAGUGUGAGGAAGUCUCAGAGGCCGAGGAACUGCACUCCCAUAGAUAGUGGCUCUGAGAGCGACUUUCGGCCAGUUGUGAAGGAGGAGAUAAAGAUUGAAGUCACUUCACCAAGGGUUGAGCGGCCGUCGUCUCCCUCGGUGUCGGACGACGAUCCUUUCUCGGACCGCGCUCUGCAUUCUUUAGUGAAGGAGGAAAAGUACCGACCUCGAUCACCGUCACCGUCUGAGGACUUCAUCGGGUUCACUGAGGUGGACCGGGACAGUGCCUGUUUCAUCUCCAAUGCAAAAAGGAGUCUGUUACUUGGUUGUUCGUCUGCCAUUCGAGACUCUACUGAAGUUUUUGCUGAAGGAGUGUUCAUCAAGAGUCAACGUCUCGUCAUUAACUACCGUGAUGUGGACGGUCUCGAUGAUAGUAACAUAUUUUGUGACGUGUGCUGCCGCGAUUGGGACGGUGAAUGUCCCGUCCAUGGACCGCUAAAGAUCAUACACGAUACCAAGGCACGACCCGGUAUCGGAGAUGUCGACAGGGACAUCAAGACCCUGCCGCCUUCUCUCAGCUCUGGUCCGUCGACAAAUCCAGCGUCUGGCACCGGAGUUUUGGCGGAGAAGGACAUACCUGCGCGCCAAAGACUCGGUCCUUACGAGGGCAUCUUGACCACCGAGCAGGGUCAGGCCCGAAGUCGAACAACCGGGUACAGAUGGCAGAUCAAGAAGGGUAAGCGCGUGCAUCACUCGGUGAAUGCCGAAGACCCGAGCUGCAGCAACUGGCUCAGAAGGGUCAACUGUGUCCGCUCGGAGGAAGAACAAAACCUAGUGGCCUUCCAGUACCGGGGCCAGGUAUACUUCAGGACGUCAAAGGCCAUUCCGCGGGGCUCUGAGCUGCUGGUGUACUACGGAGACGACUCGGCCCGGGAACUGACCGUCCACUCGGAGACAUCUGGGGAGUCUGUGACUUCCUCUCCGGCCGGACCGUCAUCUUCAGGCAUCAGUGGCUCGGUCCAAUGUCCCCAAUGCGGCUUCAGAUGUUUGGGAAAACAUUGUCUGGACGGACACGUGAAGAGAAGUCACGGCCAUAUGGGCAGGAACGGCAGAUUGAAGUGCGAGUGGUGUCAAUACUCGACCGACAGGUCCGACUGUAUGAAAAACCACCGCAGAACUCACACAGGGGAACGGCCAUACGGCUGCUCCAUUUGCAAGGCACGGUUCUCUAGGCGGUCAGGUCUCACCUAUCACAUGCGGACCCACACUGGGGAGCGGCCAUACGGCUGCUCUAUCUGCACGGCCCGGUUCACAGGACGGUCCAACCUCACCACACACGUGCGAACCCACAUUGGGGAGCGGCCAUACGGCUGCUCUAUCUGUACGGCACGGUACACCAAACCGUCCACCCUCACUAUACACAUGCGGACUCACACUGGGGAGCGGCCGUACGGCUGCUCCAUCUGCACUGCACGGUUCUCUGUUCGAGCAAGCCUAAACAACCACAUGCGGAUUCACACUAGGGAGCGGCCAUACGGCUGCUCCAUCUGCAAGGAACGGUUCACUGAACGGUCAAAUCUCACCAGACACAUGCGGACCCACACUGGGGAGCGGCCGCACGGAUGUUCACAUUGCCAGGCUCAGUUCGCUAGGCGGGAAGAUCUCAACAAACACAUACGUACCCACACGGGGGAGCGGCCUUACGGUUGCUCCGUUUGCACAGCACGCUUUGCUAAACAGCAAAACCUUACGACACAUAUGCGGACCCACACUGGAGAGCGACCUUUCGGUUGCUCCAUCUGCAAGUCACGGUUCACUCGACGGUCACACCUCAAUACGCACAUGCGGACCCACACUGGGGAGCGGCCGUAUGGCUCUUCACAUUGCCAGGCCCAGUUCAAUGAACGGGGAAGUCUCAGCAAACACAUGCGUACCCACAGUCACACGAAGGAACGGCCGUAAGGCUGCUCGGUGCUCAACUUGCCGGGCUUUGUUCGCUCAACGGAGAAGUCUCAUGAAACAAAUGCCUACCCACCCGAGGGAGCGGCCAUAUGGCUGCUCAACCUGCACGGCACGGUUCGCUUCGCUUCGCUGUCAAACCUAACCAAACAGAUCUUAGAAAAAAAAAGAUGCAUAGGUGCUCACACUGGGAAGAGGCCGUUUGGCUGCUCCAUCUGCACUGCACAGUUCGCUCAACCGUCACGCCUCACUAAACACAUGGGGACCCACACAGGGGUAGCGGCUGUAUGGCUGCUGUUUCUGCUAGGCACGAUUCAUUGUUCAAUAAAGUCUCAUCAGACACAUGCGGACCGACGAGAAGAGCGGUCCGCAUGCGUCCGCCUUCCGCAAUUUUAAAACAUUAGGUAUACUCAAACCUCUGUAAAACUGUGGUGGUAUAUGCUGCUUUGCGCGCAACAUCUGCCGCACUGUGAAGAUACCAUCUUUCUUACCGACACAGACCGUGCUCUUCUUCAGUCCUUUGCGUUGAAGUUUUGCUGCUCUGAUGUAUGUUGGCUUGACGUUUAAUUACCGCGUUACCAAGCUACGUGGGUUUGGUUCGUUGGACUCACAUUUCGUGGGGAAUAGCAAUCGGUCCUGUUAAAGAAUAGGUCCACUAUGUCGAUUCGAUUGUUUCAGAAAAAAAAACUUCUAUCACAUCGUUUAGUAGCCUUUAUUUGGACCUUUAUCCCUCGCCGGGCCGGGGGAUGGGGUAGUCGCCUCCCCCGUCCUCUUUUUCGCAGACAUCUAAAAAGCGGCUGUCGGAGAGGCCAGUGUCAGCCAAUCAGCGUGCAGCUGUUUUUUUUUUAAGAACGCAAUAUGAUUGGUGAACGCGUAAUAUCCUCCGCCACCAUAUUUAGUUCCAACGGAAGAUAGAAUAUAAUUCUUCGUAUACCUGUUAUAAGUAAAAAAUCAUAAACAUGUUUUUUAAUCGGCAUCAUUUUUGUCAUAAAAUAAUCAUUUAACUGUAGCAAGAAAAAAUAUAUAUUUGGGAGUGGUAUAUAUCCUUAAAGGACUGCUGAGGGGAACGAUUUUACCUUUUAAAAUGAUUUCGAAUAGUUGACAGCCGAUGGGUAGGGAAGAUUGGGGCAGAUAGUGUCACGGGGCACAUCCUGUCAGCAGGGUUUUCUCGAAAACUAUCGAGCGCAUUUAUGUUGUUGAAGUUAAAAGGUUUGUUUUUGCUUGACAAAGUCCGGUACUAUCAAUACAACAACGUGCCGGUGACCAGGCUGUAGUCACUGGCAUACCUGUAACGUGUUCGUUUUUCGUGAUGUCAUCGUGUGAAUUUGCCCUUUUUAUGAGGUACCCAAUCUCUUUAAUUACUUAAUUGUUUUGGGAUAUUGCGUAAUAUUCAGCAUCAGUCUAACGAAACAAGAUUUCAGUGUCUAAAACUAUCAAAUGGAUGCAGUUUUUUUACUCCCGAAGAAGUUUGCACCAUGACGUCAGCAUUCUCUCGUGACGCCACUUAGUACAUAUUUAUCGCCUUGGUUCCUGUGGCCAUGUUGGAUGAAAUGUAAAAAAAACUUUGUAUUUGCAAGGGAAAUCCAAACUUUUUGACAAGAACAAAACGCUAGUUCAUGACUGUGCAGAUAGCGUGAUGGUUGCAUUGAAUACCGUUUCGGGUAGUCUUGAAUGUCAACAUUUUUUUUUUGAACAUAUUGUCCAUAUUGUCGAAGUUUUCAAUAAGAACCACAGCAUUUUUAUUGACAUCGAGUGGGGCACAUAAUGUUACUCAAUCCGCAAUCUAGCCCAUCUGUUUAGCAUUGUUGGAAUUUAUGCAAGCUGCUGCAUUUUGAGGAGCUGCAUCAAAAAUCUGGGGUUCUUGAGCCAUCCUUGCGUUUGGGGACAUUACAUUUCAUAGGGUGUUGCGGCACCCAUGCCUUUGUGGGCGUUCAAUUUUCAUCUGUGUCAGCCAACCGAUCUUGUCCAUCACGUGUUUAUCGCUGCCGCAAGUUUAUCGGCUGGUGACUGUUUGUUCCACCACCGCUACUCGACGUCUCUUUACGUCGUGACCGCAUGUCAGGCAUCGGUCAGUACCUUCAGUGGCUCUCAAACUUCUUCGUCCAGAUGCGGACGGCACAGCUGGCGCCCUAAUCCUGCUUCACCGACAACUAAUGCAUCGCUACUAAGGAAGCGAUGCAUGUCCUUCAUUUUUUAUAUUGAGUAUCACCCAGGAUGAAAUCGUUUUUGUCUGAUUUUUCACAUCUGGCCAGAAACAUUGUCGACAUCCCUCUUCUCUCAAUGUGUUUCACAGGUGUUGGUCGCACACUUCAGUGUCCCCACUGCAACGUCAGAUGUCUGGGACAACAACAUCUGGACAGACACGUGAAGAUAAGUCACGGUCACAUCGGCAGGAACGGGAGAUUCAAGUGCGAGCGGUGUAAAUACUCGACCGACAAGCCCACCCGUAGGAAACACCACCGGAAGACUCACACGGGGGAGCGACCCCACUGCUGCUCUAUCUGUACGGCACGGUCUGCUCAGCGGUCCACUCUCACCACACACACGCGGACCCAUACGGGAGAACGGCCGUAUGCCUGCUCCCUCUGCCAUGCACAAUUCUCUGACCAGGCGCACUUCAUCAGACACAAGCGAACCCACACUGGGGAGAGGCCGUAUGGCUGCUCCCUCUGCAAGGCACAAUUCAAUGAACGGUCAAAACUCACCGGACACAUGCGAACCCACACUGGGGAGCGGCCAUACUGCUGCUCUAUCUGCAAGGCACGGUUCUUUGAACGGUCACAUCUUACUGCACACAUGCGGACCCACACUGGGGAGCGGCCGUUCGGCUGCUCCAUCUGCACGGCACGGUUCGCUGAACGGUCUACCCUAACAAAACACAUGCGGACCCACACAGGGGAGCGGCCUUACGGCUGCUCACACUGCCAGGCCCGGUUCGCUAACCGGUCACACCUCACUACACACAUGCGGACCCACACGGGGGAGAGGCCGUACUGCUGCUCACACUGCCAGGCCCGGUUCACUCAACGGUCACAUCUCUUCAGACACAUGCGGACCCACGCGAAGAGCGGCCACACGGCUGCCUCUACAUCAGCAACGGUUCGGCAGUUUGAAUCACAAAAUACGUUUUUAACUGGUACACUGGUGAGAAUAGCAAGGUGUGAGUGACCGAAGCGGUAAGUCGUUCGAAUGUCGAAAUAUAGUGCUGAGGCUUCACGACAAGUGCAUGAGCAGCCCCCGUUGUACGUUAGUUAUUCGUGUUAUAGCUGUGACUCUCGUUUGUGAGCUUCGUGGCUACCAGUGUCAUAUCUGGUUUGUUUGUACUUUUCCAGUGUGAUUCAGUGGUUGUGUAUUUAAAAUAGCCGCCCUUACAUAGGAGGAAAGGACUGUCGAACUGGCGUAUUUUAAGCGCCGUAGCGCCAUUUUAAUCCAUUAAUUCCGCUUGGGUCAUAUAUGACCCAAAAGCAAAAUCUUAAUGUUUCUUCUCAAUGGAGGCAAGUGUCACUUUGAUGAACUUGCGCGUGUGUUUUGUCGAUUUUGUGGGUUUAGUGACGAGCGUCGGAGCGACAUAAAACUGGUGUGAGCUCGUCCACUGAAGUUUCUGGAGCCAAAGACGACGGGACUGCACAGCCGCCGGUCACUGGCAAUGGCGCGCCGUCCCAAAAAGUAAUGUAUUAUGUUUGCAAUUUACUAUCUGUUGAAUGAUCGUCUACCUAUAUAAAUUUGUCUGAAAAAGUA